AGGCACCAGCGUGCGCUCCGUGGAUGCGCUCGAACCUCACGCAGUGAUAUUCAAAUAACCGAAUUUUUAACCUACAGUUGAUUGCUUGCGUAAUAUGUCGACAGAACGUUAACUUGCGUUUGCAUUUAUUUUACAGUCAUUUAUUUUAUACGUUUAUAUAAUCUGCAUUGCGCUCCUGGAGAAGUUCGGUCUUGAACUGUAUUCGGUCUUGAACUUGAAGAGUAUUUUGGGGCUAAAUGUAAACGCAUAGUUGUUAUGGAGACAUUAUGAAAGGCAAAGACAUGUAAUGCACUAUAUUACGCGCUGCAAUUUUAAUGUUAACUACACAGAUAUCUACUACAAUGUCACAGGCUGAGGUUGACAUGGCUAGUCUUGGCUUCCCGAAGUUGCCUGCUGGUUUUGACGCGGACUCGUUCUUCCCAGCGCGCCUGCCGCCGAGGCGGAGGAGACACUCGGCGAACUCCAGGAGAAAUUCCUACAGGUUUAACAAACUCCACACCAUGGAUGUUGAGCCCCAAGAGAGCAUUGCAUCUCUGACAAAAACUCUUUCGUGGUCAGCCGACAAUAUUUUAUCGGAAAGUACCAACGAGGAGAAAAAGACAGACUCUUCUCCUCCAGUGUCACUUGCCUCCAGCUCUCCACCUGAGACGCAAGACUCGGACCCGCGACCCGCUGAUACCUGGGCCACCGAGGAGCCCAGCGCGCAGGAGGCUGAUGCCAGCUCGGACUCCGAUGAUGAAAGCACCGAGAAGAAAGCUGUUUUGUCAAGAGCCCUGUUUGAGAGUAAACGCGAGCAGGAGGAAAAGGAUGAGGUUGAGACUAAAGCUGUGGCGACUUCACCUGAUGGAAGAUUUCUGAAAUUCAACAUUGAGAUCGGAAGGGGGUCCUUUAAGACAGUCUACAAAGGAUUGGAUACGGAGACCACCGUGGAGGUUGCUUGGUGUGAACUGCAGACCCGAAGGCUGACGAAAGUGGAACGGCAGCGGUUCAGUGAAGAGGUGGAGAUGCUGAAGUGCCUGCAGCAUCCAAACAUUGUCCGUUUCUACGACUCCUGGAAGUCCACCAUGAAAGGACACAAGUGCAUCAUCCUUGUGACGGAACUCAUGACGUCAGGGACACUGAAGACGUACCUGAAAAGGUUCAAAGAGAUGAAGCUGAAGCUUCUCCAGCGUUGGAGUCAUCAGAUCCUGAAGGGCCUUCAUUUCCUGCACACCCGAACACCACCCAUAAUCCACCGAGACCUUAAAUGUGACAACAUUUUCAUCACUGGCCCCACUGGAUAUGUUAAGAUUGGUGAUUUGGGUCUAGCUACUCUCAAGAGUGCCUCAUUUGCCAAGAGUGUCAUUGGAACACCAGAGUUUAUGGCUCCAGAGAUGUAUGAGGAGAAAUAUGACGAAGCUGUGGAUGUUUAUGCCUUUGGCAUGUGCAUCCUGGAGAUGACCACAUCAGAGUACCCUUAUUCAGAGUGUCAAAACGCUGCGCAGAUCUACCGCAAAGUCACUAGUGGCAUGAAACCAGACAGUUUUUACAAAGUGAAAGUUCCUGAACUGAAAGAGAUCAUUGAGGGAUGCAUUCGGAUGAACAAAGACGAAAGGUACACUAUCCAGGACCUGUUAGAGCACACCUUCUUCCAGGAGAAUAAUGGUGUCCAUGUCGAAUUGGCUGAGGAGGAUGACAUGGUGAAGUCUGGCCUUAAACUCUGGCUUCGAAUGGAUGACACCAAGAAGCUCCAUGGCAAAUAUAAGGACAACAACGCCAUUGAGUUCCUGUUUGAACUCUACAAGGACGUCCCAGAAGAAGUGGCUCAGGAGAUGGUUGUUCUUGGAUUUGUCUGUGAGGCAGACUACAAACUGGUGGCCAAAGCCAUCCGUGACCGUGUCACCGCCAUCAAGCGCCAACGAGAAAAGCUCCGUCGACAGGCAGAAGAGGCCCAGAGACGGCGACAAGAGGAGGUGAUUGAGGAGGAACCCGAACCUAGUCUUGAAGCCGAACCUUCAGUUUCUAACCCACCUGCUCCUAAACCUCCUGUAGAGACGCCCGUAUCCACCCCUACUCAAGCUCCGCCCACUGUCACAGUGUCAGGCCCCAUUUCCCUGUCUGCAAAUGAAUCUCUGGACUCUGGCUUUAACGCUAGCUUUGCCACUGAACUCGAGGAGCCAGACGCGGACCAGCGGCAGCAUUUCAACAUACGUCACGCCAGCUACUCAUCAGCAACGUCUGACUGUGAGACGGAUGGAUAUCUCAGCUCCUCUGGGCUUCAGGAACCUUCAGAAGCUCGAGUUCCUGUGGCAAACCAACCCUCCACAGCUCCACAACCAACCAGUGGAGCCCCUCGCGUGGAAACCCCACCCAUUGAAGCUCCACCCACUGAAGCCCCUCCCACUCCAGCUGCAGCGAUCCCAGCUCUCCGUUUCCCCUCGAGCAUUGCUGUGUCCCAAAACACAGAGAGGGCCCAGUCAGGAAAUAACAGUGGUUUUUCCUCUCCUGUCGACAGCUACGCUUCUGAUGUUACCUCUGGUUUGAGUGACGGAAACGAGGGUCUUUCGGAGAGAGGAGGGAAAGGUCAGAACAAACGCACCGGAACCAAGCUGCUCAGGAAGAGGGCUCGCUCACGGCUACGCAUCACUGGGCUGUCAGAUAAAGUAGACCGGGUUGUAGAGUGUCAACUACAGACCCAUAACAGCAAGAUGGUGACAUUUAAAUUCGAUCUGGAUGGAGACAACCCAGAAGAAAUGGCUGCAGUAAUGGUACAUAAUGAGUUUAUUCUACCUGGGGAGAGAGAGGGAUUCAUCCACCGCAUGAGGGACAUCAUCCGUCGGGCAGAGGCCCUGAUGAGGAGAGAGCCUUUGGAACCACUCAGUCCCAGAGACACUGCUCGUCUGCCUUGUCUGAGUGGAGUUGGCUCACUGUCUGCCUCACAGCCCAAUCUCCACACGCAGGGCCUCGCUCGCACACACUCCUCCUCCUCGUUGCCAGAUUAUGCUGCUGCCAGUAUAGGGCCAGUGACCCGGGGUUCCUCACCUACACUGAGUGCCGACUUUUACGUUGAUCCCGAUGCCAUUCCACCCGUCCGGCCCCUGCGUUCACAAUCCUUCCACACUACAGGUUCCUCCCAGACCUAUCAGUCUACGCUCAACUACCCACAGUACUCCCACCCCGAACUUCUGCCACAUCUCCUGCCAAAUCAGAUGUCUGCCAUGCCCCCUCAACUCCCCAAACCACCUUAUGUUCAAAACACCCACUUUGCCUACCCCUACCAAAUGGAUCACGCCUCCCUCAAGAGCCCCCUCAACCCAAGUCCGCUCACUCGUGUCCCCAGCAACCCAAACUUCUAUUCCUCCUCUUCGUCCUCUUCUGUUGUUUCACCGGUUCAGCAGUCCAUCGAGAUGCCACCUCAAGCUGAAACCAACACUCUGCCACUUUCAGUUGCCCCUCCACCUGGUCCGCAAGCUGCAGGCAUGUGGCCGCCACAUUCCCAGCAGCCCUUUAUUUCGCUGGCCAAUGUUCUUUCUCUGGCUAUGAACUUUGCACAGUCCUUUAUACCCCCUGGAUCCAUCCCUCAAGGUUUCCACCCGCAAAUGACCCCUCAACCAGGGUAUGGCCCUAUGUAUCCAGCUCAGCAUGCGAGUAUGAGCAACGCUGAUGCUCCAUACCACCAGGGGGCACCGAGUGGCCAGUAUAUGGAUAUGUACCAAUAUCCUGAUGCUUAUAUGCAGAUUCUGACACCAGUUCCUGAACCUCAAGAACGAGGCCAAACAGCAUCUCCACCAGUAGUCCCUCUUAGAGAGCAGAGAACAGGCAUGGCCCCUGAGAUUAAACAGCCCAUAAACCCAAACCCCACAAACCCAAGCUCUUCUCCAGGGUCCAGAAGUAGCCCACUGGCAGGGAGCCAGUCUAACCUCAUUGGGCAGCUCAGAGAGCAGGCAGACAGUUCAACAUCAAGCUCCUGCACCCCAUCCAGCACAAGCUCACCAGCAUCCUCCACAUCCCCCAGCCCGCAAAACACUGUAAGUAUCGAAAUACAACACACACAAAACAACUUUUAA